UGCUAACCCUACAAUACUUACCCACACCCUAAUAGAACCGCGAGACAGUAUAUGUGCACAGCCCUUGCGCAGCCGUAAGUGGUCGAUGGCUGUUGCGUAUGAGUUAGAGAUGACGAAGAUCGAGGUGGAGGUGAUCUGUGUUUGAGUACUGCCAGUUUAAUUAAUCGUCGGCAGCACUGUCGAGGUGAAACUAUGAAACUCCAUCCAUCCAUGUAUUCGGUGUUAAAGAGCAUAAGUUGUCCCCUUCCCACUAGCUUGUUAUGCGUAGCCAACGGUGGUCAUUUCCUGACUUCCGCCUCUAUCGCGAAAGUGUUCAUGAACGUUCGUGAGUUACUAGUCGCUACGGACUCCUACGGGCAGGAACUUUUGUUUGUGGCGUUCUACCUGCUCAGUUGGGCCUGGGUCGCAGCAGAUGUCUCUAUGAUGAGGCUGCAACAUACGUUCGGAGUAGGGAACCCGAAAGCAAUCAUGUCGUGCUUCAUCAACACGUCUGCAAACACGAUUUUGGUUCAACUCCCUCCAACCAGGUUGUGCCCCAGGCUUACAUUCAUUUCUCCUCCAUCGUUAUCUCUUCGCCGGCAAACUCAGACGUACCAUUCCCAUCACCCCAACAUCAUAUCCGCGAACAUAAAAAAGUACGACAGGUGCACGAAGCAAAAUGAAGCAGCAGGAUGGUGUGCCUUGUGCUACCGUCAUAUCCUACCGUCAUAUCCUUCAACUCCACUAUCCUCGCCCUGGGAUGAAAUACUACCACGACUGUAUCCUCCAGGCCAAUGUCUGCAAGUAGUGGCCUGCGUCGUAGUCAGAUAUCAACUCCAUACCCGGUAACACCGGCUAUACAGGGACCACAAACGCACCUCUAGUGUCCACAGGCUCGGUAAGGGCCUAAUCAAAAGUUCCGUCUACGUAGCAGGAAGGUAACGGACUGGCACCCUAUGAAUGGACUGAAUGAUGAAAGCAAUAAUGGAAAAAAUCCCGUCGCACGAAGGGUAAGCUGUGGCGAUCGCAAAUGGUCGUCCGUAU